AGAUAAAAUGCGGCCAUGUCUAAUACAAUUUAUGCUAACAUAUCACAUGUUAUUCUUAUUGAAACCGUGACUCUUGGAAUUGCAGGUGUUGUAAUUAGCUUCCAAAAGAACAGUGUUAGUGGCAAUCAUCAAGCAGGUACAUUGGGGGAUGACCCCAGAACAUCCAAGAUCUUCCUCUUCCUAUCUGAUGCUCGGGAUUGGAACCCAAUUUACAACCUGCCAUGAACUGGUUUUCAAUCCUAAAGAAUGGCAUUUUAAAUGAGGCUACCUUCUUGUUAUUUAUGGCUUGAUAUUCCUCUUUCCAUCUGCUGAGCGAUUGCAAUACUUUAUGCAACUUGUUUACUCAAGAGACUGAGAGUGCUUUUGGGUUUUGGCAAUGGUGGCUGGUGGUCGGUAUCUGAUAUCUCUAUCUCAGACCACAUGUUUCCUUCUCAAACACCCCCAGAUUACUGCAAUGCCGCCUUUAUACUUCCCACUACGGUGGGAGAGCACCGGAGACCAGUGGUGGUAUGCCUCACCUAUUGACUGGGCAGCGGCGAAUGGACUUUACGAUCUGGUCAUCGAGCUUCUCCAUUUGGACACUAACCUCUUAAUCAAACUCACUUCCCUUAGCAGAAUCCGCCGCCUGGAAACCGUUUGGGAUGACGUGGCUCAGUUUGACGAUGUUGCCAAAUGCCGCUCAUAUGUAGCCAGAAGGCUACUCCACGAAUGUGAGAUGAAGAAAGGGAAUAAUUCCCUGAUCAGGGCGCGUUAUGGUGGCUGGCUCUUGUAUACUGCUGCCUCUGCCGGUGAUGUGGAGUUUGUUAAAGAACUGCUUGAGAGAGACCCUCUUCUUGUGUUUGGAGAAGGAGAGUAUGGUGUCACUGAUAUAUUCUAUGCGGCAGCUAGGAGCAAGAAUUCUGAGGUUUUCAGGAUGUUGCUUGAUUUUUCUGUCUUGACACGGUGCUGCCUUGGUGGAGCAGAGGAGGAGGAAUUGAGUGAAAGUCAGUCACUGUUUAAGGUUGAGAUAAUGAAUAGGGCUGUUCAUGCAGCUGCUAGAGGUUGGAAUUUGGAGAUUUUGAAGCAGCUUCUUGGAGAUUGCAGGGAUGUUCUGGUAUACAGAGAUGAGCAGGGCUCUACAAUCCUGCAUUCAGCCUCUGGAAGAGGGCAGGUUGAGGUAGUGAAGUAUCUCUUAUCAUCUUUUGACAUCAUCACAUCUACAGACAAUCAAGGGAACACAGCAUUACAUGUGGCAGCAUAUAGGGGCUACUUAGCUGUUCUUGAGGUUCUGGUUCAGACAUCUCCCUCCUUGGCUUCCAUGACAAACAACAAUGGGGAUACUUUCCUUCAUAUGGCUGUAGCUGGUUUUCGAACGCGAGGCUUCCGACGAGUGGAUAAGCAGAUUGAGCUCAUGAAACAGUUAGUAUCCGGUGAGGUCGUGAAUAUCCAAGUGAUUAUCAAUGCAAGAAACAGAGAUGGAAGAACAGCUCUUCAUGUGGCUGUAAUUGAGAACAUUCAAGCUAACCUGGUGGAACUUCUCAUGUCUGUACCUUCAGUUGAUCCAAAUGUCGGUGAUGCUAAUGGCAUGACCCCAUUAGAUUUCCUCAAGCAACGACCAAGAUCAGCUUCCUCAGAUAUUUUGAUCAAGGAAUUGAUAGCUGCUGGGGGCAUCUCCAACCGCGGGGAUAACAUGGCUAGAAGUGCCAUUGUUUCCCAUCUGAAAGGGCAGGGAAUAUGUGCAAGUCCAGGAACUUCAUUCAGAAUUCCUGAUGCAGAGAUAUUUUUGUACACAGGCAUGGAGGAUACAUACAAUGGCAGUUAUGAUCAAGACAAUGCAGAUUACAGCAGGUGCUUGAGUGAAGUAAGUGACUUUGAUUCAAGCAAUUCCAUUGACAAAAAGAAGUCGAAUUCUGUGAAUUAUGCUGCUAGACGCCUGAAGUUUCUUCUCCAUUGGCCUGGAAAGAAAGAAAGAAAAUCAGCAAGCACAGAACCAGAACUGGUGGACGACAAUUAUCAGGAAGUGAGCAGCAGAGCUAGAAAUUGGACAGACAGACACAUACCAUUGCGCCAGAAGUACUUAAAGUCUUCAUGCCUUCCGAACAACCAAAGAACAUUUAUUGUCAGGACGGAUCUCCCCAGUCCUUCUGCCAGAAGGAAAUUUGCUGCAGGCCUAAUGCAUGGAGUGGUUCGAGUGGGGCGGAGUGAUAGGGGGGACUCGCGUCUCAACUUUUGAAAAGUUUGAACUUCAGUAAAAUAAAAAUGUUUUUUUUUUUCCAAAAUUUUUAAAUACUACAUAUGUGAAAAUUAAAGUUAUUUUUGUUUA